AACAUAACUCCACUAGCUACUUGACUUGGCGCACCGCGUUGUGGUUGACUUGAUGUGGAAUUAUUAUACCUUGCAAUGUGAAGUGUCCUGUAUGCCAUGUUAUUUAUGCAACCAUUGUAGCUUGCUACUAUAUUACGUAAACGUAAAAAAAAAAACAUGAGCUUUGAUUGUUAGCUAGCUACACGAUGUCGUCAGAACGAGAGGUUUUUUGUAGCAUAUGAGCGCACGUACUGACGUUAGCUAGUUGGCCAUUUCACUGUGAAAUUCCAGGAAUACGUAAACUCUUAACUUACUGUUAGGCCGAUUUGUUUAUUUAUCUAAAAUUUGAAGUAGUUGUGUACAUAAAUGUACAGUAUUUCAGUUUUGUUUGUUGCUAUAUGCCUUAUUCAGUUUCGAAACUUUGUAAAUUAAGUUAGCUAUCUACUGCAAGGCACUACAUUAAGAAUACGCAGGUUGGUUUUAAAAGUAAAAUGCACUUGGAAGGCAAAUUCCGAUAGGAUUACAGUUCUCUUGUGACGCUUAUGUGCACGAUGUCUAAGGGUAGACAAGUAGGUUGUUGAGUCUCGUUUUUCAGUUUAGUAGUAGGCUACUAUCAUUCACCAAGGUAGCUAUUAAAAUGGUUCAGCGAAUCUACUCCUUGUUUAAAAUGAACAAACACUUUGCAUUUUUGUAGCUUAAUCAAAAUGUAUUUCUCGGAUACGGUGUAAAUACCAGGACUAAUAAGAAUACCAGACAGAAUGCUUUCGAUACGUACGGUGACCGCCCCCUUUCAGCGCCGAAAGCCACUAAGCAGCUCAUGUAGCCUACCGUCAGCGAGAGGGCAUAUAAACAAUAUGCUGUGUCUUUGUAUUCAUCUAUGUAACAAAAUUUAUUUUGUUGAUUUUUGUUUUUGCAGUUCUGUGGUUUCCUUCGGCUCGGUACCAUAUUUUGAAAUGUUUGGUUUUCAUAAAUCGAAGAUAUAUCGGAGUAAUGAAGGCUGUUGCAUUUGCAAGACCAAGUCUUCCAGCUCUCGGUUUACAGACAGCAGCAGAUAUGAGGAAAACUUCAGGCUGUGUUUUGGGUUGGUGGAAAAUCGAGUUGGAGACAUCUGCAAUGCUUGUGUCCUGUUAGUUAAGAGAUGGAAAAAACUGCCUCUUGGGUCCAAGAAGAACUGGAGUCAUGUUGUGGAUGCAAGAGCAGGACCUGGCUUUAAGCUGACCAAACCCAAAAAGGUGAAAAGCAGUGAUGGAAAGAAGAAAAGCAAACUGAAAAGGCUCCACAAAUUCAAAAGGCAAAACUCUGAUGCCCACAGCACCACGUCCAGCACAUCACCUUCCCAGUCUCCCAGCUAUAGCAACCAAUCAGAUGAUGGCUCGGACAUUGAGUCCAAGCAGAGGCGUUCCACCCCAUCCGUCUUCUCUUUCCUGGACCUCUCCUACUGGAAAAGGCAGAAGGUGUGCUGUGGCAUUGUGUACAAAGGACGUUUCGGUGAGGUGAUCAUCGACCCGCGUCUCUUUAAGCCCUGCUGUGGCUCCAAGAAGCAGGAGACGCUGGCCCCCACGCCCGAAACGGACCUUUCUGAGGGGCACGCUGCUCCUCUCCCUGCCCUAUGCCCCCCUCCUCUCCCUGCCCUAUGCCCCCCUCCUCUCCCUGUCCUAUGCCCCCCUCCUCUCCCUGUCCUAUGCCCCCCUCCUCUCCCUGCCUCUCUCCCAGAGGUCCUGAAGGAGAGCUGGUGAUUGGCUGUGGGGCUUGCCCUGAGGCCUCUCCCUCAGCACCUCUUAGUUUUGUCUCCAGUGGCAGACCCCCCCCAUCCAGCUGUACUUUUAUUUUAUUAGUUUAAUGUAUAUCAGUUAAAUGGUUUUUGUAGUUUUAUUAUGAUUCUUUUCCUCUUUUGUAAAAUGAAUUUCAUUAUCUUUUUUUAAGAAAACAAAAAGGGACAAAAAAAAUCUUUUUUUUUUUUUAAAUUUUUUUACACAAUAUAAAGUAUGGGCAUUAGUAAAAUAUUUAUAGGAUCAGGAAACAUAACUAUUAUAAUAUGUGGCCUGCAAGGGCAGAAUACUGUUUUCUUAUGCAUUUCGACUGUAAACAUUUUUUUAUAUAAUGCCAAUACCUGUGUUUGUAAAUACUGUUAUGGCACUGCAAGAGACUGCCUCCUUUAGAUUUGCUUUUGGUUCUUUACAGUGCAGUCUGGGUAUAUAUAAGCUGCUUUAUUUAAUGAUAUACAGAAUUCAACAAUAAGCUGGACAUAUGAAUGGCAGCAUUGAAACUUGUUUAAAGCAAUACUACGGUGUUUUCCAACAACCACUUUGUCAGGUAGACAGAGAAUUUGAGUUGUUCAUGCCUUCCUUAAGAAAAAAAUCUACGAAGUGAAUUCCCAAAAUGGGUAAAGCUUGGAGUAAAGCUUUACAUGUUCCCAUGGAGACCUGCUGCUUACUCUCCUCAGCCACACUGAUCCCAGAUCAGUGCCCAUUCCAAGUUAAAUGGGCAGUUGCUGAGCAACAGAUGGAGGAUAGUGGUGCUUUGGGGAGUAAGGAGUAGUGUGGAACUGAACCCCAGGAGUUGCGUGUACAAAGCAUGCUCCUUAUAGUCGGUAGUGUAUAUGCCUUCCCUGUAGCUACCCAUUUCUGCCUCAGAAUGAACAAAAUCAUAUAUUAAGGAAAAUAAUAUCAAAAGUCUUCCAUGAAAUAUAGAUGCAAGAGCUGUAUAUCAAUUUUGUAAAUACCAGUGGAUAUGCAUACACAUACCAUUUAUAUGCAGCUGACAGCUGAAUACUUUGUUCCAUCUUUUCCCAAUUUUUUUCUGUAAAUGAACUCACUAGAAUCAUUCCAUUACUGUAUGACUACUGGUAUAUUUUCACAACAAAUUGUUCUUUUUUUAUUCCACAAAUGUCCAGUUCCUUUGUCUGUAAAUGUCAGUAGUCAAGUCCUAUCUGUAAACAUUUAGAUAUGCUGGCCAAAUUUGGUUUGAUUUUUGCUUUUUGUGUCCUGUCCAAUUGUAGACAUUUUAGAAUGGCCCCAGCUUCUCUAGGUAAAUUAUAUUGCACCUGAACAUACAAUUUAAUGGUUUGACGUCCCACACACUUUCAUUCCAUGGGAUUGCUUUUAGUAAGUGAAUCCGUUCUAGAAACUUUGUUCUCACCCAAAAAGGCAAUGUCACCCCUGCUUUUAUUGUGAUGACUUGAUAAGCAACCUUUAUUGUACUGCACUAUUUUAUGAGGUAACCCUAACGCAGUAAGCAGGACUGAUUAGUAGAGUGAUGACUUUUGGUGCAGAAUUGAACUGUCCACUCUAGGUCAUGCUAUUUGCCCCAAACUCAAAACUAUCCCUUGAAAUUGUUUUUUUUCCGAAAAACGGCACUGCAGCAAUUCUGAGCAUAUUAACUUUUGUCAGAUCAUGUCAGAAGUUUUACUUGGAGAGCCAUCCUGGGGUCCAUUAUUGUAAGGGAUGUCUAUUAGUUGUGUUUCUGUCUCAUUUGUUCUAAGAUGCACCAAAUUUGGAAUGUUACUGUUUUUCUUUUCUAUAUAAUUUAUUUCAGCCAAUUUUAAUUUUAAUGUGAUUUCAUACAGUACUCUUGUAAUGAAUAAACACUUUUUACACAUUCCCAGAA